UCUGUCCUGCUAUUUUCCCAGACGCGGGAUCCUUCCUUCUCAUCACUGCUCUAAACCUCCUGUCCUGUCCCGAAACAUGGAGCUAUCUGUGGCGGGGGACCGUGUGUUUGCCGCCGAAGCCAUACUAAAACGUCGUGUGCGCAAGGGGCGAAUUGAGUACUUAGUCAAAUGGAAAGGGUGGGCUAUAAAGUACAGUACUUGGGAGCCAGAGGAAAAUAUUCUUGAUGAUCGUCUUGUAGCAGCUUUUGAACAAAAAGAGAGAGAACAGGAACUUUAUGGACCAAAGAAGAGAGGACCCAAGCCUAAAACCUUGCUCCUCAAGUCUAGAGCACAUGCUGCAGAGGGCUCCCCCCGAGUCCCUGAAUUCAAACACAGUCGCCCCCAGCCAUCUUCCAAACCUCCACCUCAACCUCCUCCCCUUUCUCCACCUUCAUACCCCCCCAGUGGCCCUUCUAAUGCCAAGCUUCAGUCUGGAGCUGCCCAGCCAAAACUGAAGAAAGACAUCCACCGUUGUCAUCGUAUAUCACGGCGGCCCUUGCCCCGCCUAGAUCCUUUGGCUCAGCAAGUUGGAUCAUCCGGUCCCUUCUCAUCCCGCCCCACAGUCAGCCCCUUCUCUGAGACAGUCCGCAUCCUUAACCGGAAGGUUAAACCUCGGGAGGUGAAGAAGGGUCGAGUAAUUUUAAAUCUGAAAGUGAUUGAUAAGCCUGGGGGUGGGGGAUUAGCCAAUAACAGAAGGACUCCAAGUGCUACCCACCAGCCCCACAUUGGGCGGCAAAAAGUCCCAUCUCGGAACAGGGUGAUCGGAAAGAGCAGGAGGUUUGGAGAUGUAUCAUAUAGAGGGCUGCACCUACCUGCCACAGCUGCUGGAUUCCCUGUUUUUGGAAAACCAUUCGAGUGUCAUCCAAUGGAGGUUUCUGAAGAAAAGCCCAAGGUAGAACAGUGUGUUCCCAAAGUAGCCUGUAACUCAUCAUCUUUACCGUCUUCCUCUCAAAGUCCAAAGGUCAUGACCCCAGACAUACCUAAAGCACUUAGUGAACCUCCUUGUUCCCCCUCCAGCCCUGAGGUGUCAGAGGGUGAACUCCUUUUCCCACCCCCAACACAUCCCCAACCUCCUCCCUCAGCUGCCCAACCCUGUCAGGCAAACCUUGCCAUUUUACCUCCUGCCAAACCCAACACCCAGCUAACAGACUGCAAACCUAACUCCACUCCAGCUCAGUCCACCCUGCCUUCCUCCCCCAUGUUCUCAUCAUCAUCAUCUUCAUCAUCCGAAGACAGUGAGCACAUCCUGGACCUCUCCGUGCCUCACAGCACUGAACGGCGUUGUCGCCGGCGCAACUCCUUUGGCCCCCGCCGGCCAGCUGAGUUCCCAGAGAAUCCUCUUCCUCACAAAGUCUCGGAGGAAGAUGAGGAUCUGGACUGGCGUCCUGAGAUGGCAGCACGGUGUGCCAACGUGGUCGUCACAGACGUGACGACCAACCUCCUCACCGUAACCAUCAAAGAGUUCUGCCAUCCUCCAGGUCUCCCUCCACCAGUUUCUUCUGCCUGCUUCUCUAAUCAUUUAUCAGCUUCAAAUAAAACCAACACUCGACCAUGAAAACCAAAAAAGAGAAAACUCUUUGAACACAGAAGCUACAAAUAUUGCCUUUUACCUAGGACAUGUUUGAGGACUUAUUUGUCUCAUACAUUAUACCAUUUGUUGGUCUUAGAAGCAGGUCCCUUUAUAAUACUGUGCCAUGACGUUCCCUUGAAGUGCCAGAGAAGUGGGAAAGGGUAACUCUGAAAUGGGUUUCUGUCCUUAUCAUGUUUUACACAAAACCCUGCGGGUAAAUGUCAUGCUGGUUGCACUCGCAGUAAACAGUAUUUUACUGAGUAUCGGUGAGAGGCUGAGUAGCUUGCAUUAGUUCACUGCCUAUUCACACUCUUUGGUCUGGAGCAGAAGUCUGUCCUGUGAGCUGGAGCAGGCAAUUACAUUUUUUUCAUGGAAUAGCUUCUAUGAUGGAUUUUCCAUUUUAUUUUAUGCCCUACCUUGGUCAUCAGCCUCCGUGUCUGGCAUGUGAGCAUAUGUGCUCGGUUAUAUUGGGUGUGGUUGGCCAGUGUUGCUAUCAGAGACAAUGGUCUGGUCUAAUGAUCAACUGUCUGAAAGCACCUAACAUUUUUAUAACUGUGUAAUAAUAAUGGUCUUAUCUCAUGGGACUUUUCACCCUGAGCAAUUAAUAGUUCAGCAUUCAGACGUAUACAACUGGGAUACACAUUUAUAGGGGAUAGGGUGAAGGCACUGUUGUUUCUGUUCUCUAUUGAGAAAGGCUUAUGGUUUCUCAGUCCUGUGGUGAGAGUCGUCGAAUUUUAUUCUAUACAAACCUGAAGAAAACAAGUCAGACUGCUUAGUUGUCCAAUAGACUGGCUUCAACUAGAGAGAUCUGGUGUCAGCUGGGGGGGGGGGGGUGACUGCAGUUUAAGUAUUUGCUUCAGUUAGGCUCCCGCUUUGUCACUGAUCUUUUUUUAAAGAUGUUUUCUGUAAGAAGUCUUAUUUGCUGGUGUUCACAGAUGUCCUCUUCACCUAAAUGAAAUGCCCUCAAGAUGUGUAAAGAUGUUUUUGCAACUUGCAAUCAAUGAUCAUUGAAGAGGUAAUUCACUACAUGUACUCAGUGUGUCCUCGCCAUGUGCUCCUUCCUCCCCUUGAGCCAGUGGGUCACAUUACCAGCCCUGGAAUCACCCAUAUCUUUGUCUUUCUGUGGUACCAAACAUCAGCAGGGGGGCUUUUGGAAGCAGCCAUUGCAUUCCACAAAGAUGAGCUCCAGUUGUCAUGUGGCACUUGUAAAGGAAAGCAGGGUUUUGAUCUCAUUGCCAUGCUGAAAUGGGUUAUGCUCCAGUAUGACUUUCAUUUUAAGGCAAGCUCCAAACCCCUGAGCCACACUCUGCUAGCCAACAAAAGGAAGGCCACACAGCAAACAGAAGUGGGUGGUGAUGUCAUAUAACGAGAUGUGCAGUCUUACUUAAUGGAGACCUGGAAUUAUCUUUUGAAUUGACCCUAUUUGUUUCGAUAAUAAGCUUGGAGCACUGGCUUUUAAAAUGUGUUCUGCUGCAGUAUUUAUUCUCCUGGAUAAUGGCAAACAGAGUCUUUUUUUUUCUUCCUGAUUAGGCAGUAAAUAUGGGCAAAUGCUGGGCAUUGAAUUGAUUAUCUUUGAGCAACUUGUUAGCCAUUGAAUGCGCUGAAAACUUUAUAGACUGUUACAGUUGUAAAGUAGUGUUUUUGCCUUGUAAAUGCACUUGUUUACAAAAAGACUGUUGACAGUAUGUUGGUCAAGCAAGUCAAACAUAAAAGAAGGCCAUUGUAGAAAAGCAGGACAUUUUCUCUUAGUCCACCACCGAAAACCUCUCACAGGCAUAGACAUGCAUUUAUUAUCUGUUCUCUUGAUUCUCAAACAGCCUUUCAAGAACAAGUCAGUGCUUCAGGCUGGUAUGCUGAACUGGCACCAUGCAGCGGCACCUUGGCCUGGGCCCCAGCUUCCGUCGCCAGCCCCCUGGUGGUGGCGGCAGUAAUGCCAGCUCCUUCCCCCAAGGUGGAGCUGGCCAGAAGCGCCAGUAAUCCCUCCUAACACUGACCCCUGCGGGGACAGCAUACUGAGGAGAGUGCUCCCUUCCCAAACCCCUGCCGGGGCAUUAGCUACAUCACUCCGGCAUGCCAGCCUUGGGCCUGAUCAGAUCAAGAUCCUCUCACGGUUAAUCCCCAAUGUUCAGGAAUGGCAGUUUUUCAGUUGUUUAUUGUGAUUUGUUGAAUUAAUCAGCUUGAUAGCUUUGAACUUAUUUUUUUUAGUUGAUUGACCUGCAUGACAGCCAUAUUUAGUUGUUUUUGUUGUAUUUGUUUUUUGUCUUGUAUAUUGUUAAUUUCUUGAAAAUUAAUGCACUUAAUAUUUUUUGGCAGUGUAUGUUGAUUCUUAUUUAAGAAAGAAAUGCUAUUGUAAUGCUUUUAUUAUUUUUAUUUAUUUAAUCGUGCAAAGAUGGUUUUAUGGCAUGAUUCUGUGCGACUUAAUUGCAUCUUGUCAACAAACUGCACAAGAGGGCCUAGCCUUAAGAUGUCCACCGAAAUAAUAUUUAGUUUCAUGUAUACAUAAAGUAUUGUUUUUUCUUUCAUAACUUUACACGUUUCUUUUUGUUCUUCUUCUAUUGUAAUUGUCUUAUGAGACUAGAGGGUUUUCCUAAGACUUUGCACUUGGGUCCUGCCGAAUCAUGCCCAUUAUGUGUUUGAGGCGAUUCUCAAUAUAUGCUACUCCAUGUGGUGGUGCACUCAAGCUAAUGCCAUGUCACUGUGUAGAUCAGAAGCUCUGUCCUUAUGUAUUGUCCCUUUAAACUUUGACAUGAAGCUCUUGUGUAAAGGAAGACUGUGAACUACACUUCUUGGUAAAGACAGGGGUGUGUGUGUGCGUGUGUGCGUGUGUGUGUGUGUGUGUGUGCGUGUGCGUGCGUGCACACGCAUGCACGUGAUAGAAGGCCGUAGAGAUAAAUUUGGUCUGAAAUUUUUGAUUCUGCCUUAUCUAUCCAAAGUGCUGCAGUCUUACGCAGGUUAACUUGUGGGGAGGGGGUCGCUGAAGUCUUUCUUGGUGUAUUUCUUUCUGUCGCGAGUGUCACUGUAGCCUCACCUGAGUCUCUGGACAUGCUCUCACGCAAUAAUGAGCUUUGUGUUGAGUUUGGAAAGCAGAAUCUCUGAUGAUACUGUUUUAUGAUGAAAUUAUGAUUUUGCAGUGAUAAUUUACAGGUUUAUUUUGGUUUUUUAUACUACAUAAGAGGCAUCUUUUUAUUGUGUGUUCUGUAUAGGUUUUUCAAAAUUUUAAAUUGUCUAGCAAAAGAGAUCAAGUUUUGUACUGCUUUCAAAUAGUGUGCCUAGGAUAGCUUGUAAAAAAAAAAAAGGUUUGAAUAAAUGCUUGUCUGUGGUUUUGCAA